CUGAGAUCUCCUUGACGUUGCCAUCUCGAGUGUGCGGUCGCGAUUUUCAGUUGCGUUAUGUCCCAAGCGAUUCUGGUGCUGACUGUGCUGAUGGGGGUGACGAGGGUUCAGGGAGCGCUGCAUUGGGGGGGUCGCAGGACGGAUCGCAGAGCUUAUUCCCGCCCUCACGUCGAGCGUGGUCGACCCCGCAGUGCAGGUCGCUCCUCAUCGGCGCAAUCACGGCCGCAGACGUGGUCGGACUGUUGGGAAGAUGUCGACCAGUGUGGUCCUGGACUUGACUGCGACUCUGUUGAGGAGGCGAUGGCAUUGUGGACUGGAACGGAAAUGCCGGAUGUUGUGUUCGUUGAACCGGUCAAGCUGCUUCAGUUGCUGGCCUUGUUUCGUUUGUAUUGCCCGUGGCACAGUGGCGCGUGUCGUGUGCACGUGGAGUCCAUCUCCUAUCCUGCGCAGUUGUGUCGGCUGACGUUUGUAUGCGAUCGACUGUGCAAAUGGACGUGGCACACGACACUUGUGACCACCAAUGUGUAUCGGGCUCGAUUGCAGCAGCAGCUGUAUCAUGCGACGGUGAGCACGGGACUGACCUACACGCUUCUCGACAACUUCUCUGUUGCAUUGGGAUUGUGCUCGGUGCACAAACCCACGUUCUACAAAUUCAUGCGCACAGAGGUGAACGAGGCGGAGGGGUGGACUGCUAAGGUCGUACGUCAAGGCCUCAGAUACUGCGAGUUUGCCAUUGAUACUAUGAUGCGUCGUGGCGAGCCUGUGACAUAUAUGGUCGACGAUCGCCACAACUCCGCCCGAGGGGCGCAAUAUUGCACAGUCACCGCCAUGGAGUACGAGACUCGACUUGUUGUCGGUGUGUACACUCUCCAUCCCAAGACCGAAGGCAAGGCGUCGAAUGCGCUUGAGGUGCCAGCCGUCGUGCGAAUACUGCGAGGGCUGAUGGACAACGGGCUGAAGAUCCGGUGCGUCGUCUGAUGAUUGUGUCGUGCUGGGACCGCAGUUACGAGCUAUGAACAUCGAGUGGCAGAAGGAUUGUCACCACAAAAUAAAAAACAUUCGCAAGC